UCCCCACUUCCCCUGCACCACCUGCGCACUGCAUUCAUCGAACACAAUAAACAAAAGAGAACUCCUCCCAGCGGGCAGCGUCCUCCUCCUCCUCCUUCCCCUGCUGCCUCCAGGCCCCAGAUCUCAGAUCCGAGUAGCUCCGGCCCUGCUCCAAUGGCGGUCAAGAUCUACGUCGUGUUUUACUCCACCUACGGGCAUGUUGCCAAGCUAGCUGAGGAGAUCAAGAAAGGUGCUGCGUCAGUUGAAGGCGUGGAGGUCAAAAUAUGGCAGGUCCCAGAAAUUCUAUCCGAGGAGGUCCUCGGCAAGAUGGGUGCGCCACCCAAGACCGACGUACCGAUCAUCACGCCGCAGGAGCUCGCUGAGGCCGAUGGCAUCCUCUUCGGGUUUCCCACACGGUUCGGCAUGAUGGCGUCACAGAUGAAGGCCUUCUUUGACGCCACCGGCGGGCUGUGGCGGGAGCAGAGCCUGGCCGGCAAGCCCGCUGGCCUCUUCUUCAGCACUGGCACCCAGGGCGGCGGCCAGGAGACCACACCGCUGACGGCGGUGACGCAGCUGACGCACCACGGGAUGGUGUUCGUGCCGGUGGGGUACACGUUCGGCGCCAAAAUAUUUGACAUGGAGAGCGUGCACGGCGGCAGUGCGUACGGCGCGGGCACGUUCGCCGGGGACGGGUCGCGGUGGCCGACGGAGUUGGAGCUGGAGCACGCCUUUCACCAGGGCAAGUACUUCGCCGGCAUCGCCAAGAAGCUCAAGGGCGGCUCCGCCUGAUCCGCCAUGGCCUUGCCAUACUCGCACGUAUACACCUAUACAUACAUAAUUACACAUACACGACGACGAGUGAUAUCAUACAUUCGACGUUGUCGUAGUGGUGUCGGUUGUAUUGCUUGUGUGAAAUUUGGUACUCGGAUUGUGCAUUUGCCCAUGUACUGUGUUCCUCUUGCAGUUUCGCUUGCUACUUUUUUUUUUUUUGAGUGGAAGUCUCGCUUGCUACUGAAUGGAAAAAAUGUAUUCAUCACUUAGGCCCACUUAGGCCUUGUUUAGUUCCAAAAUUUUUUGCAAAA